AUGCUUGAAAACCAAAGGAAGGCCACGCUUGAGGUCGAUUCACCACACCAAGAAGACAAUCAUCUUCCAUCUCAAAGAUCACUCGUUUCAGCCUAUGACUAUUCAUGCUUUCCGCUGCCCAGCAAAAACACAGAAACUUUGCUUCCUCAAGGUUUCUCACAUUCACAAACGGCCUUCUACUGUGCAACAAAACAGAGCCUUACUUUGAUGACAAGUAACGCGGCAGAGCAGCUGAACAAGGCUCUCCGCGGUGGUCGGAAAUCUCCAAUUAUGGAACUACUCAAAUUCGUCCAGGACAUGAUGACCAGGUGGUUUAACGCUAGGAGGAACAAAUCGCUAAGAAACAGGGGGUCAUGUACGCCUGAAGUGGAUAAGGUGUUAACAGCAAAUUUGGCUGCUUGCAAGGGGAGUCGAAUCAAUUCGAUAUCCAGCUGGAGCGCUCAGAUAGUUGGUCCGUUUGGUGAAAAACAUCAAGUCAUGUUAAAAGAGAAGAGAUGCUCCUGUCGUGUUUUUGACAAGCUGAAGAUUCCAUGUGGACACGCAAUGAUGGCCGCAGAUAGACUUGGUAUUUCAUACUCGUCCUUGCUAGUGAACACCCUAAAACCGUCAAUCUGGGUGGACACAUACGAGGAGCUUAUAACCCCGCCGGAAGAUGCAGUAGAUUACGACAUGCCCCCAACCGUUGGUGAAAAAAAUGUAAUGCCGCCUAACACAAAGAGGCCGCCGGGAAGGCCUAAAGAAAUUAGAAUCCCAUCCACAGGUUGCAAGGGCCAAAAAGGAAGUGCCGAACAAGUGCUCACGAUGCUUGGGUGCCGGACACAACAGGACCAGCUGCAAAAACCCGAUUAA